GCUCAUAAGAUAGACAACACAUUAUACCCACUUUUGAAAUCCAACCAAUUGUCAGCGCUUGUUUAGAGAUCAAUCAGAAGUAGAGACUUGGUUAGCCCCAAGAACACUGUUUAACUUUUCUUGCGUUGAGUAAGAACACCUUAUCACAAGAUGGCCGACCAACUGACCGAAGAGCAGAUCGCCGAAUUCAAGGAGGGUAUUUAUUUUACGCUUUCUUUCAUUUCAGUGAUUUCCUGAUAGGAAGGUCGACUAUCAACACGAAAAUAUCUUCCGCAUGAUGAAAUUUUGUAAUAAUCGUAGCUACUAACAACUUACCACGUCAUUUCCAUAAUUUAUUUUCUCCACAACAACAGCCUUCUCCCUGUUCGAUAAGGAUGGUGAUGGAACCAUCACCACCAAGGAGCUGGGAACCGUUAUGCGGUCCCUGGGUCAAAACCCGACUGAGGCAGAGUUGCAGGAUAUGAUUAACGAGGUCGAUGCUGAUGGUAACGGAACUAUCGACUUCCCAGAGUUCCUGUCCCUGAUGGCUCGUAAGAUGAAAGAUACCGACACUGAGGAGGAGCUCAUCGAAGCAUUCAAGGUAGAGAUGUGAUGGAUUUCGAUUGUUUUUUGUUGCUCUGAUUUAAUAAAUUUCGUUGCAUGCUGACUACAAGAAAGCAAAAAAUAUUGUCUUUCAUUUCUCUUUCCGAUGAAGCGAUUUUGUUCUGCAUCAUUAUCUAGGUCUUCGAUCGUGAUGGAAACGGUUUCAUCUCCGCUGCGGAAUUGCGUCACGUUAUGACCAAUUUGGGUGAGAAGCUGACUGACGAGGAGGUCGAUGAGAUGAUCCGUGAGGCCGAUGUCGAUGGUGACGGUCAGAUCAACUACGAGGAGUUCGUGAAGAUGAUGAUGGCCAAGUAAAGGACUAGCCACCUCCUUCUUCUGAGAAAAUUGAUCAAACACUUGUUCUACAACAGUAGAAUCAAGUCAAGCGGGGGUAGAACUACAACAUGUGAAAUAAUCGUACUGGUUACUCUUACAACAACAAAGCGAGGUGAACUUGAACUGCUGCAAAAUGCAGCCUGAGAUCUUAACUUUUCAACAACAAAUAAUUCAUGACCACAACGACCAUUACUAGUACAACAAAAGAACAAGAAAAGUGAAUGUGAACUAGGAAGAACAAUCUCAUGAUAUAAAGAGCUGAAGAACCACUGUACCACCAGGACCAGAUGCCACCACUAAAUGUCGGCUCCGUUACACUAACUCACGAGCUUGCUGAGGCGGCAAUACCGAAGUAGCGAAGUUGUAAGAGCGAUGAACCAAAAGCUUCAAAUUGUAGGAGGUUGGAGGAAGCGAUACAACGACUUCAUGAGAAAAUUUCGAAAUAUCAUCAAAGACAUCUAGAAGUAAGCGACAAGUGCUUGUUCCCGUACCGCCUAUGUUGCGCUGCCUUCUCGACUAUGACCCACGGAAGGAGUUCGAGUUUUAGCACGUCGCAGUGCAUUUGAUGUCGGACGUGCGAUCUCUCUGGGAAAAAGCAGCAGGAGGUCCGUCUCUAGAGCUGUAGGAUGAAGAGGAAUCUCAAUUUUAUCCAUUGGGUGCGUGGAGGGGCAUGAGGAGCCUAUCAUGAUGGAACAUGGCGCUUUGGCCGAAGGACUAAUUUUUCAUCACUGUUCGCACCACAGAUACACAACUCGUCUGUCUCUUCAGGGGACAUGGCGAUCCAUCGUAAAUUGAUGAAAUGCACCAAAAACUGAUGCGGCACUGAAGUCCAAAUCCAUCACAUACAUAUUAUGAUGAUACUCUUGAAAGGCCCCGGGUUUUGAGCUACAGCU